AUGAAAAUCACUGCGCAGCGCAGUUCCGGGGUUAACCCGGAAUUGGCCCGGAUGCGCAGUUCCAUAAAUGAGUGGCGACUUAGGCAAACACAGAAGGUCGGUAAACGGGUAAAUGCAUUACCGGGUGCAUGCGACGUCGCGGGCGGGGCGGGGUCAGUGAACGCUCUGCCAGCAGGCAGCGCCGGCGCACGCUUGGCACCGUCCUUCGACGCAGCCACGCCACGCAACGUUACCGCCCUCGUCGGGAAAUCAGCCUACCUCAGCUGCCGGGUUCGAAACCUGGGCAACAGAACGAGGACUGCAUCCGCCACCUUCGUCCAAGUGGAAAAGGUUGUGUGGGACUGCGCCUAUUUUAUUUUAUUAAGCCAAAUACACGUUGACGACAUUGACCUGGCUUUCCUUCACGAACGCGUGACGACACCGGAACAAAAAUAA